AUGUUGGCUUCUUUACUCAGCCUUCUGUUUCUUUCUUUUCUCCCCCUCUUAUUUCUUCUAAAACCCAAGUCCAGAGCAGUACUCAACGUUCCUCCAAGCUCUCAAAAGCUUCCCAUCAUAGGCAACCUGCACCAAUUUGGUUCCAUCCCUCACUUCUUGUUAUGGAAGCGGAAGCUCUCCCAAAAAUACAGCUCAAUCAUGCUCUUGCAGGCGGGCCGAGUCCCAACCCUCAUCUUUUCUUCUUCCCAAACAGCCAAAGAGGUGUUAAAAACUCAUGAUAUUGAUUGUUGUGGUAAACCUCACACACAUGGCCAGAAAAGGAUUUCUUACAACUUAUUAGACGUGGCAUUUUCACCUUAUGGGGAGUACUGGAGAGAGAUGCAUAAGAUUUGUGUUCUUGAGUUGUUCACUGCCAAGAGAGUUGAAUCUUUUUCCUUCAUUAGGGAAUCUGAGAGCUAUGCAGGGAGGCAAAUUGAAAAUGGAAAGUUUUUAGAUGCUAUUGAUGAAGCCAAGGCCAUGGUACAUAGUUUCUGGUUUGGAGACUUCAUUCCUUAUGUUGGAUGGAUCGGUGAUGUGUUCAUGGGGCUCCAUAGGAGACUUGAGAAGUGCAUAGGUAGUUUUGAUGCUUUCGUUGAGAGGGUCAUUGCUGACCAUCUUGAUCCUUCGAGACUGAGGGCAGAGCAUGAAGAUAUCAUUGAUGUAAUGCUUCGCUUAUUGAGAGAUCAAAAUUCUUCUAUCCGUCUCACUAAUGACCACAUUAAGCCGUGCUUGUUGUCGGUGACAUUUAGCAAAGUAUGGUCAUGUAACGCUAGGGAACUGGCCCAUGGCCCACAGACCUUGACCGCCCAUGGCCCAACGGUCCAUGGCCACUUGGAUGCCUAA